AUGGAGACUCCAAAAGAGCAAGAGGCACAAAGUGUGCAAAAUGUCCCCGAUGUGGAAAAGAAGGGCAGCAGAGGCAUGAUGAGUUGGUUGCGACAGAGCAGUAUCCGCAGAUUCCGCUCUACAGACACUAGCAGAACUCCUCGGGACCACAAGGCAGACGAUACUGUAGAUGCAGGCGAAACGGAGGAUGGGGUGAAGCCCGCCCCUAUCAGAGACACCACCAACGUCACUUCUCUAGCGGCAAUGUUCAUGUCCGUCCAGGAACCCGUAAAGCGGGAAUUAGCAACUAAGGACAGAACCAGCUACCAACAUCCCGGUGCGGUACUCCGCACCCGAACCGCUCAGGAGCUGAGUUUUCCCAUAUCAGGUGCUGAGUCUCCCACGGAACCCAGAAGAAUAAGCAGCAACAGAAGCGUGUCUAGCGACCCCGGAGAGCAGAGCGACUCCAAUGGCCUUCCGGACGAAUCAUUGCGAAUACACACUUCAGCAGAAGCCACAGCCGAAGUCGGAGCCGUAAAGAUACAGCCCAGAACUCAGAGAUCGGCGAAGAAGCCUACUUGGAAGACACGGUUUGCGGAUUUCAUGCUUGAGUCUAUGUUUUCAUCAGCUAUGGCGGCAUCUGUCGCCUCGAGUUCGUCAGUCGCACCAGGUACUCCCUCUGCGCGUUUGGUACGUCCACCUCCUCCCGACUUUUCUGCUGAACUUUGGCUCUCAAAUUUCGAGGCCGGGCACGGUUCGUGCUCUAGUCUCAUGGGGGGCUGCAGCGCCGCAACAGCGAAAGCUGCUGGUUGUUUGAGUGAAUUAGAGACUGAGAUAAGGCGGCUGUUGGAGAGUAACGAGGUGACGGCUGAACAGCAACCGCAUAUAGAGGACGGACAGGAAAAGCGAUUUGCCAUAGACGCAGUGGCUGGAGGCGCUGGGAAUGUGGGACAGAAGCACUUUCUUGCACAAACUAGGAGGGAUAUGGACAAAGCGGACGAAUCCACAGUUAGGCAGAUGAAGCUGCAGGGGGAACAACUUAUCCUUGUAGAACUCUUGCAAACAAUCACCCUUGUCAAGAGACUUCUCGAGGGCAUCAAAUAUAAAACAAAAUUGGACAGCGCCAUCCAACACGAUCUUAGGGGAGAGGAAGAACAGCUGAAAGUGUGGCAAAGGCAAUAUGGCGCACUCCAGGAGAACAAAGGCUUGCUUGAAAACCUCUACAAACGCGUCUGCACCUCACGCAACGGAGUGCUGCGCACUUACCACGAUGAGUGCAUUCGCUUGAACCAGAGCGUACAGCUUUUGACUGACAGGAUAGCCAACACGAUCUCCGAGACGUUUGCAGAGUUCGAAGAGCCUCCGGCACUAGAUACGUUGUAUGGGCGGCCGGCUAUUUGUGAGUCAAAGAAAAGUGUGGAGCACGGUUUUCAACUGCGCUCUAAUUGCAACAGCCACUGGCGACCAAGCCAACGGCUUGGGCUGGGACAUCUCCCUCCAUUUAUCUCCCGCCUCAGGCUUUAUGCGUUCAACUCUCCCGCCUUUACGCAGCCACUGGACGAGGAAAAAGAGCAUCGAAAUAGGUGCACCGACAGCAAAACGUUGCAACAAUGUUCUGUUGUUGGGGCGUGCGGGACGGCGAACAGGUUGCAUACACUCUUUCCCCCCCUAAGCCUAGAGCAGGCCCUCCCUCGGCAUUUCUGUGUCAAAAGCGUGCCACCUGGCCUAGCGCUAAUGUCAUCAGAGGCAGAAAUCGAGCGAUACGAAGCACUUUUGUGGGCAGGAGGGGGAGAGAAGAACAGCGCGCCCCCGGAGGGUGGCUGGGGCAGCUUUAGGGUUUUUGAGCAGUGGCUGGUGGACUCAAUGAAGUGGCAAUGGAGAGAUGCAUUGAUGUAUUCCAAGCUGCACGAGCGCCACCAGUCCAUACGGCAAAUGAUUGCAGCAAAAAAGGUAGAUAUCGAUGCAGCAGUGCGCCUCCGGCUCACGCAGCUCUGGUGGGGACGCCUGGUGGAGAUGCAGGGCUUCCACAGUGUCCAGGCUGAGCAGAGCUUUCGACGGGAUCUCAGGGAGACUUUUUUCCGGGUAGAGGAAGGGAACAAUACGGCAGCUAUAGGGCAGGGAGAAGGCGAGUGUGGGGCUGGAGAGGGGAACUUACCCUGUAGGUUACUCACAACAGGAACGGAGACUGAACAUGCACUGAUGUGGGCAGAGGAUAUGCGAGCCUCACUUCUGCGCAUCAUGGUCAACCCCGCGUAUGUGACUUUUGUGGAGGCGUACAAGGUAUUUCGUUUGGAGCCCUCCACUACUGCUGCUCACUUGAAGCUUCUCAAUGGGCAAAUCGAAAGAGCGAAUGCCCUUUUAAGGCGAUAUGCAGACACUGCUCAGGAUGCCGAGGGAUAUCAAGUGCUUGAGAAGGAAUGCAGUCAGCUCGAGGUGGCUUUGGCACUUUUGCAAGAAGAGGCCAGGUCUUUGGAAGGCAAGAUUUCGUUUAGGCAGGCGCAACUUGGCUCAAAGAGGCAUGACCUAACACAGGCCAUCGAAAAACUGGGGACCGCCUUUGAUGUUGACAACAAGAAGCUGGCGUCAAUCGAGGCUCAGUGGGACUCAGCUGUAAAGACAGAGGAACUAAUCCAAGAUAUCCUCCCAUCAGCAGAGAAGAUUUGCAGCUCAAAGGAGCGUCUCGGAGAGGAGAGAAUGAGUCUCGAAGCGGAGAGGGCUCAGCUGCAGGCCGAAUGGCAACGUCUUAAAGAGGCGCAACGGGAGUUUGAAGAGGCCAAAAACCUGAGCAAGAUCGCCAGCACUCUCAAGCAAGGUGGCAAACCUAAGACAGAUUUAGUUUCUCCCAGUGCCUCUUUGGAAGCUGGGGCAACAGAAGGAGCUCCUCAGCCUUCAUCUGCGGAAACCCUGAACCCACACGCUGAUAGGCUUCUGUCUGAUACCCCUAGCAAGUCGUUUGUAGGGCGUAUCUUUGGUACAUCGUCGCGACCCUCGAGCCCAAGAGAGUCCAAAGCUACUCGCACAGUGACAGUGUCUGAUGUGGAGAGAGCUGACCAGCGGGAACCAGGACAGAGGCUGUCAGGCGCCAGCUUCCCGGACUUCACUGGCAGCAAAGAACAGCGAUUGCCUCUGAGGCACAGUCAACCAGCGCCUUUACAGCAGCCCUCAGGGGAGGGCCCUAGGAGUCCCUCCUCAGAGCAAGAGGAAGCAGAAACGGCAAGGAACGAAGUGCCGACCCUUAUGUACACAGUAUCUCCCGUGUUCGUAAAAACGCCCAAACAUGAACAAGGACAGACAUCCUCGCCUCGAGCUGUCGCUGCCAGGGCUGUCUCAGCCCCAAAACAGAAGCAACAUGAGCACCAGUUGGAGGAAGCAGCAGAUGUGACUGCUAAACUCGCGGGGGCCGGGGAGAGUGAACAACAAAAGAAGAGAAAGCCAAAGGAUACAGUGGCGCCAGUGGUAAGGAAAGGGCGAAGAAAGAAGAAGAGCGUGUACAGCAAGCUCCGGAGUGCGCUUUCCCUAUCUCAGCUGUCACACAGGAGUGAGAAGAGAAACGAGGCCAUGGACACAAUAACAUCCGCAGCAGAAAAACCAGAGAGCUCUGAACGUCCACAAACUUCACAACCAGCAGUUGCAUCAAAGGAUGCCGUAUCUUCCUUUGCUCAGGAGGGGAAUAAGCAGAUUUGGGCGGAUGGACGGAGCCAGAGUUCUGUGUUAGCGUCGAUUCCUAACAUAUUUGACAGCAUAGAUGAGGAAGGUGCGGGGAAUCCUGCCUUUCCCAGCUCGACUGUUUCAGUCACCUCUGUCGUUCCUUACAGAUCAGAUGGCAGCCACAUUUCACCCCGUGAGGAUCUUAGGUCUCGUGUUACGGCGAACGUUAAUCCCGCGCAGUCCAGCAGAUCUAUUACAUACAUGAUGCAAGACCAAUCAACAUCGCGGCAAUCUCUGGUUGAAUCAGAAGACAGCCUUCCGCCUUCCUUAAAAGACGAAGAUCAUAGGACUGGCGAGCACAGCAGGCUGCUGCGUUCGGAUUCCAGCAGCGCGAAAGCAUUGAGUUCACACAAACAGAGCAACGAUUAUCUCCCGCACUUCGGCAGCAGGGAGCUGAAUGUCGUCGAUCCAGCAGAUACCGCCGCCAGAGAAAUCGCAUCAAGCAAGAAUUUAGGCCACCCCUCACAGCAUGAAGACACGCGGUCUCAUGAAAUAGGUGCACCAGAGGCAAAAGUAGCUCCUCUUAUACCUUUUCCGUCCAUGUCAGCCGGCUCUCCCGCCGAAUUUCCAUGGGAGAGUAAAGAUAUAGGAGAAGAGGUUUUCGACGAACCUCCAACAAAGACAUCAGCUCCCCAUGCAUCAGAUAUACAGGCUCCAUGUGAUUCCAAACGGCGUCGUAGUGACAUAUCCGGCCUAGCCCCCGCGCAGAACACUUCAUGGAUGCGUGGAACACGGUCCAGCAGAGCUCUGGCUUUUGACCGCAGCACUGCGGGAUACACGACCAGUUUGCCCUCCCGAUAUGUAGAUGAAGACGACAGAAUUGAGCUGUUUCUUUCGAACGGCCAGGCCGAUCUAACUACAGCAGUAAUGAGUAGCUGUAUUUUCUCCUUGCUGGAUGCGGAAGAACGACAGCAUUGCGUACAUUUGAUGACCAACAGCUUUGUACAGAUACCAAAAGGAUGCAGGUUGAUUCAGAGAGGCGAUAAAAUUGAUACGCUGUAUUUUUUAGUGUCAGGGUCCCUGGGAAUGACCGAACCCAACGGUAAUACCACCGAUACGGUAACUGCAACUGCUCUUAUAUCGUCCGGGAGCAAUGCCAGGAGAAGGUCUAGCUACGAUGUUGAAGUGCCAUUAGAAAGGUUUCCAAUUGAGCUCGGACCUGGAGCGUUUGUGACACCAAGGGCAUUUGUCCGUGAAGAACAGACAAACCAUUCUCUCGUGGCAUUAAGGCCAUGUACCCUCCAGAAGCUCAGUUACCAUUCGUUCCAACAAGUGAUCAGUGGUUUUGCAAGAGCUUUGCGGUUUGUUGAUCGCCGAGGAAACCCCGAUGUUGUUGAUGAGUUUGGGCCAGGGGACAACAUCAAUGCGUUGGCGUUGCUACACGACGCGCCGUCCGAUGUAACUAUUGCGGCCGCAGCGCCAGACGGAUGUGUUAUAGCCAUUUUAGAAAGGCGGGAACUGCAGGAAUGCCUCGGGGACGCCGAAACAAUCCUCAACAGGCGCUUUGGGAACACUGAGGAGGGUCAGAGAGGCAAAAGCAUGGGGCUUAGCCAGCUGAAGAAGCAGUUGUCGAACUUAUGGAGCAGACGAGGGUCAAACUAG